UCUCUGACAAAUAAAUAAAAAAUCUUAAAAAAAAAAAAAAAAGAAGAAGUCACAGUAAUGUGCCAGCCACUGACAGAAGGUUAUGAUUAAGUUGAUGAGAUGUAGGAUUUGGACACAGACUCCAUCAGGAGGCACUAAAAAGAAAUGGGUUCUCUUGAGUUUAAAUGCAGGGGAAAUUUGAAGAAGUAAGAGAAGGGACAGUCACUUAAUGAUGUUGUCCUUUGGCUUCUUCAGGCUUCAGCUGUGAGUGGGAUCAGUCAGUCUUUGCCCAACCUUAUAGGUAAAAAUAAUAUGACAGUGUGUUCAUUCAUUCAAGCAAAUAUUUAAUGCCUACUGUAUGUCAAGUACUGUUUUAAAUUCAAUGGAUACAGAAGAGGAUAAAGUAUAUAAGAAACCUUGCCUAUGAAUGGAGCUUAUGUACAAAUGAGGUAGAUAAUAAGCAUAAUAAAUGCUUAUGGAGAAAAAGAAAAACUGAGCACAAAUAUGGUUGGGUCAGGAGGACUAAGAGUGGUAAUGGUGUUAGUCUGCAUUUUAAAUAGCGUGCUCAGAGGGUACCUCAUCAAGAAAGCAACAGUUGAAGAAAGAGGAAAUGAGCCAUGCAUAUCUCUGCAGCAGAGCUGGCUAGACAUAGGGUAGGCUAUAGGGCAGGGACAGGGCUUCCUGUUUGUAAAGGAUGCCAUUAAGGAUGCCAGUUGGUGGACUCGGGAAAACGGGGACAUGAGUAGGUGGGUUCAGAGAAGUAACCCGGAGGCCCGCAUGAACUGUUGCACUCUAUGUAAAAUUGGGAGCCACUGGAGAAUUUUGAGCUGCAAAAGAAAGAUACAAUCAAUUUCAAAUAUGCUAUAUUAAAGGGUUCAUCUGGCUUCAAUGUUGAAAAUGACUGUUGGGCUCAAGAAUAAGCACAUCAGAGGCUCUGAAAAUAAUUCAAGUGUGAGAUGAUGAUGUGUUAGAGGGUCAGGAUGGCAGCAGUGAUGGUUAGUUUUUGGAUAUAUUUUGAAGACAGUAAAUGUAGGUGUGAAAUAAGUUACAGAAUAUCAGAUUACUCCAGAAUUUUUGGCCUGAGCAAUUGGAAUGAUGGCAUUGUCAUUUGAAGGUGGCGUCAGUCAUCAGAGAUUUGGAAUCAGGAAGCACAGAGACUAGAUUACAGAGGCCUGGAAGUUCCUGUUUUCACCACUUCCCAGGAUGGUUGAUCAGUAACCUAGCCACCAACACCUACAGACAUGUCUGAAAAGCUAUUUGGGAAUCACUUCUGAAUCCAAACACAGAGAGACUGGAUUUGGAGAUCAGUUCUGAUCCUGAAGACGCUGUAGGUGAGGGAUGAAAAGUAACUUACAUAAGAUUCAGAUAUGAAGUAAUGGGCAGAUAACAGAGUGAGAGAUAAGAAGGCUAGCUGGCUGGAUGCUGACACAGGACCUGAUAAAGCAGGAACUUACAUAACCCGCUGAGACAUGGAGGCUCCCAAAGGCAAUUAUUUUGCAACUCUCGUAUGCUGGGUCAGGUGAGUGAAAGACAGAAUAAGAUACUGGAAAGUUGUCACUUGGGAGGUCACUUUUUUCACAGGUCAUUUGGGUGGAUAAAUUUGGCAUUUUCAGAUAGUAGGGAAUGUGGUGUGGCUUUGAAAAAAAGGCAUGGGUUGGUUGGAGGGGUAGAUUGGGAUCAAAUUGUAGAGGUCUUUCAAAACAAGUUCAGUGGUUGUGGCCAGUAGGAAGUCAUGAGACGGAGAAAAACACGGGACAGAGAUAAGGAAAUAAAAUCUAGAUGUUUUCUUCCUUGUUAAGAGAAGUGGUUGGAUCGGGAAGUAUAUGCACAUAAGUGUGUGUAUACAUUGUAACACCUUCUGUAGAUCUCUGAAAUAGAAUGUUGAUAUGUAAUAUACUUGAGAUCAUACUUGAACUUAUGUAGAAAAAUCUGCCUCCCACUUUUUUCACUUAGGAUUUUUCCCAUAAUAAAAUAAUUGAUUUCCUGUACUGAUAAGCAGUGGCAUCACAAAGCAGGAACAGUGAGAGCUGCCUGGCCUGGAUGCAGGUCAUUGCUUUAGUGAUGGAUAUAUUUACAGAUGUGGACAUUUUCAAAGAAAUAGUGGAGGCAUCAACUCGAGGGAUAUCCAUAUACAUUCUGCUUGAUGAGUCCAACUUUAAUCAUUUCCUAAAUAUGACUGAAAAACAGGGCUGUCAAGUUCAACGACUCAGGAAUAUUCGAGUGCGGACAGUAAAAGGCCAAGAUUAUCUUUCCAAAACAGGAGCAAAAUUUCAUGGAAAAUUGGAACAGAAAUUUUUGUUAAUUGACUGCCAGAAAGUUAUGUAUGGUUCCUACAGCUACAUGUGGUCAUUUGAAAAAGCUCACCUCAGCAUGGUUCAGAUAAUCACAGGACAACUUGUUGAGUCCUUUGAUGAAGAAUUUCGAACUCUCUAUGCCAGAUCCUGUGUCCCCAGUUCAUUUGCUCAAGAAGAAUCAGCCAGGGUGAAGCACGGCAAAACACUCUGGGAGAAUGGCACCUAUCAGUGUUCACUUUCUUCAUUAGCUUCUGUUUCCAGCCAAAGAAACCUUUUUGGCAGACAAGACAAGAUUCAUAAACUAGAAUCCAGUUACUUCAAAAACAGAGGGAUAUAUACUCUAAAUGAACAUGACAAAUAUAGCAUAAGAAAUCAUGGAUACAAGCCUCAUUUUAUUCCAAACUUUAAUGGUCCAAAUACAGUCCGUCAGUAUCAAUCCAGUCAGAUAAAUGAAAAUUGGAAGAGGCAUAGUUAUGCUGGAGAACAGCCGGAAACAGCACCGUACCUGCUUCUUAACAGGGCUCUGAAUCGAAACAUUAAUCCGCCAGGUAACUGGAAAAAGCCUUCAGAUAGUCUCAGUGUGGCUUCCUCAGCGCGAGGAGGCUACGUGAGCCGCCAAAACACACCUGCCCAGAGUUUUGCUGAUCGGCUCGCCCAGAGAAAAACAACAAAUCUUGCAGAGAGGAACUCAAAUGUACGGAGGUCUUUUAACGGGACAGAUAAUCAUAUUCGCUUUUUGCAACAACGAAUGCCAACCCUUGAACAUACCACAAAGUCCUUCUUGCGUAACUGGAGAAUUGAAUCCUACUUAAAUGAUCACUCAGAAGCUGCACCUGAUUCAAACGGGUCAGCUCUAGGUGACCGGUUUGAGGGCUAUGAUAGUUCUGAAAAUGUGAAAGCCAGUGCCCAUUAUACUCAUUCUCGGCUUCGUUCCUCUUUUGUGUUUAAACCAACAUUACCUGAACAGCAGGAGGUGAACAGUUGCACGACUGGCUCCUCAAAUUCAACUGUCAUUGGUUCCCAGGGAAGUGACACACCUAAGGAGGUCCCGGAUACCCCCACAAGCGAACAGCACGGGACAGACAAACCCGUGCCAGAAUCAAGCCCCAAGCUCCCACUGCAGUCAGAGGCACCACAAAUGCACACUUUGCAGGUUCCCGAAAACCACUCCCCAGUCUUAAAUCAAGCUACAAAUGGCCACACGGAGGCCAACAACUAUUUAUAUACAUCCUUGUGUGUAAAUAAGCAGACAGAAAAUCUAAAGAAUCAACAAAAUGAAAAUGUGCUCAAACGGCGCAGUUUCCCAUUCUUCGACCACUCAAAGGCCAACUUAGAUCAUGGACAUAGUAAGCAUUAUGUAUAUAGCACACUUAUCAGGAAUCGAGUUAGACAACCAGAAAAACCCAAAGAAGAUUUGCUGAAAAGUUCUAAAAGCAUGCACAACGUGACCCAGAGCACAGAAGAGGACAGGGAGGUCAUUAAGAGACAGCCUCCCAGCGGCCCCACGACCAAAUCAAUUUCCGUCGCUGCUUUGCUUGAUAUGAAUAAAGAUGAACCUAGCAAAGAACUCCCUUCAAAGAAGGAAGUUAAGGGCUCUCCGAGUUUUUUGAAAAAGGGAUCUCAGAAGUUAAGGUCAUUACUUAGUCUUACCCCAGAGAAGAGAGAAAAUCUCUCCAAAAAUAAAGCACCUGCCUUCUACAGAAUGUGUAGUAGUUCUGACACUUUAGUUUCUGAGGCUGAAGAGAAUCAGAAACCAAAAAAAUCAGAACCAAAAUUUGAUUCAUCUCCUAGAAGAAAGCGUUCUUCCUCAUCAAACUCUCAAGGCAGUGUUCACAAGAGUAAGGAAGAUGUAACCGUUAGCUCAUCUCAGGGGAUAAGUUCUCCAUCAGAUGAAGGUAGCAAACUCAUACCUGCUCCAGGUCCAGUUGAAAACAAGUUCUUGGAAAGAGCAGGAGAUGCCUCUGCCCCGAGAUUUAACACUGAACAGAUCCAAUAUCGAGAUUCAAAGGAGAUUACUACAGCUCUUGCUCCUGAAAGAAAACCAGCUGCUUCUCCAAGGCCAAAGCCCAAUGAGCUUCUAAGAUCUCAUUCAACUGACAGGCGCGUUUACAGUCGCUUUGAGCCAUUUUAUAAGAUUGAAAGCUCUAUUCAGCCAGCAAGCCACGUACCAAAUACUGGUGUACACCGCCCAGAAAUAAAAUCCACAACUGUGGGCAAGAGUUACGGCAGGUCCAGCCCAAUGCUUAAUUAUAACACUGGUGUGUAUCACUCAUACCAGCCAAAUGAAAAUAAGUUCCGAGGAUUUAUGCAGAAGUUUGGAAACUUUAUACACAAAAAUAAAUGAAAUACUGUAAUUUCAAAUAGUUUUUAAAACACAAAUGACAACAGCUAUAAACAUUUGUCCAAAGAACUUUGUGGACAGUUUUUGUAAUGUGCCAAUAGAUUUCUGUAGGGAGAGAGUUUGGGGUAUGAUGUGUUUGUUUACCAGUAUACUAAUAUAUGGUAAAGUUCUUCUGUGUGAUAGAGUUAGUUGUGCUUAAUUACAGUGUAGAUGUAAUGUCUCUAUACACACAACUUUUAAAUGGUAAUGGUAAAUAGAAUGUAAUUAAAUUGUUUUCUGCAGACCGAAGAUCUUAAGUCUCAAAUAGAAGCUUUCGUAGAGAGAGAUGGUGUAUGGAUUUGAAGCAUUUGGUCCAAAGUCUUCCCUUUUAAGAAAGGAUCCUAAUACUAUCAGUUGCCCUUUAUAAUAUAUCCUUAUGGGUUUUCUUAUCUCCAAAUUAUGAGAAGAAUAGGACAAAGCCUUUUUGGGUUUUAAUUACCUUUAAACUCUACAGGACAGCUUGCUGCUGUAUUUUCUUAAUUUCUCUGUGGAGCACAUACAACCAUACAAUUUAAACUCUGUAGCUCAGCAUAUCUUUCAUUUUGACUGAGGUCUUUGCAAAAUAUCAACCUCAUGUGGUACAUGGUAGGAAUUUCUUUUCCUCAUUUUGUGAAAAACAUCCAGGUUGUGCUGCUUUCCACUCUGGACCAGAGGAGCCCACGCUGCUCUCACCAGUCAGAUGCUGAACUUUUAUAGUCAUUCCUUCCUUCAAACUUAGAGCAAGUAGCAGAUAUUUGGGAAACCUGAAUUAUAUCUCUCCUCUAAGAGAAAAAAACCAUUGAGAAAUGUAUACUUUUGCAUAAAUUUUAUCUUAGAUCAGUAUGACAGCACUUAGGUGUUUUGCUUGCAAAAGUCCUUGCUCUUUUUUUACGCUGUGCCAAAUAAUAGUGGGAGCGCAUAUUGUUUUCACGAAAGUACCGUGAUAGACAUAAGAAGUGGCAUCUGGCCUAAUUCUUUCAUGACCCGAGAACCCGGCUGAAAGUUUUAAAUCUUCCCCUAUCUUAACUGGAUCAUCAUCAAUCAUUUAGAUCAUAUGAAACCAUUUGCCUUUCUUAGAAUACUGAAAUUAAAGCCCCACAUCCAUUAAAGAGACUUUAACUUGACUUCACUUCAUCCACAAAGGACAGAAUUCAAGAAACAACGUAUCAUUUGAGACGUGUGAGAUAUUUCUGUAACACUUUAAAUAUAUCAACACCUUCUAAGUUGUAAUGUGGGGCAGUAUAUUGUUUUAAAAAUUCAAGAUUCAGUCAAAUAAUAUCUGUCAUUAAAACAAGGGGCAUCGAAGUAUCACUCAUUAAGGUAGCUUUCUGCAGUAUUUAAAAACCACAAAGAGAACAUGACAAGAGAAAACAUGACAGUAGGGAAAAAGAAAACCUAACAUUUAGUGAGCACUUUUUUGGACCAGGCCUUGAGCUAGAACCUAUAGUUCCCACAGCAAUUAUUUUGGGGCCACUCUUGUUCUCAUUAUUUGUAGAUGAUGUCUGAGGUGAUAAAUGAGACUUUGAGACUCAGAGAAGUAUUGCUCCAUGUCAGAUAACUAAUAAGUCACAGUACUAAAAGUGCCUGUGACAUUCUCUCAUAUCCUGUUAUCUCCCAAAUGUGUUCAAUAUCUGCCUCGCCCAAAAUGUUGAGAAUUAAAUGAGAGAAUGUUUAUAUUUUCUGUCUCAAUGGUAAGCAGCCAAGAAUACUUUAGUUGAAUUCCACCCGACAACGGGACACAUAGGGCUCAAAAUAAUGAAAUUGACAUUAAUUUCUGAUUGUAACUUAGCAAGCCAGUUUUAAUUGGCAGGCCACCAUUUUGAGCUUGGGCUAGUUGACCUGUGUCAAUGAAAAGGGAAAGGGAACUACAAGUUGAACUUGUGUCUGUGCUAGGCAAAGUAGUCCUUUAGGAAGCUAGGCAGGGAAUGGAACUCGAUGUUAAAUAUAUUAUCUUGUGAAGUAUUCACAAUAGCGCUGUGAGGUAAAUACUUCCUUUUUGCAAAUGAGAAAACUAAUCCUUCGUGAAGUUACAUAACUUUCCAAGAGUCACACGGCUCUGUAUGGGUCGAACUGGGUUUGAACACAGAAUUGGGGUUGAAUGCAAAAGCCAGUAUUUUUAAUACUAUACCACACCAUACAUUGCCAACUUCUACUCCAUUAUGAUUGAGGCAACUUUUCUGAAUUGUGUCUCUCUCUCUCUUUUGCUCUGUGUCUGUACAUUCCAGGAAUAUAUUGGAAAUACUGCGGUAACAUAACCCAUUUACAGCAUUUUGUAAACACAAAUCCAGAAUAUAAACUCAGUUUAACAUUAUUCAUAAAAGUAGGUUUCAUGACUCCCAUUAUAACCUAGGGAACUCCCUCCUACUGCAACAGGGAUUUUAUUGUUUUGGAAAGCUGCGUGUAAUGGAUUGGAAAAUUUGCACUUUCUAAUAAGGUAAUAGCAUACAAAUAAAACUGAGAGAGAAAAGUUUAUUUUUCGUAGGCAUAGUAGCCACUUGAUCUACAAAAGUUUUGCAAUUAAAAAUAACUGUUGGAAGGUGCAUUUGCUUAUAAUCUGAUACAGAUUUCAGUUGCAGUGAAACAAUCUAAUUGUUAGUGGGUUCGUUUUUAGAGUUCUGGAAAUUGUAUACUCUUGUAUGUAAGUAUCAAAUUAUUAAAAAGCAUUAGAAUUGGAGUCAAGUGAAUGAAAAAGAUUUUUCAUUUUGCUCUUGGAAAAAUUCACUUUUGUAAUUUUGGACCAUCGUCCUUUACCCACUUACCAAAGACAGAACGCACAAUUACCCAAACCAUACUGACUUUAAUAGUACCCAUUUGUUGUUAGAUGGGACAUUUUUCAGGCCUAUAGGGAAAAUGGGCUAAUUGUCGUUAGGCAGCUCUGAAAUUGGAAGUCCAAAAAUGUAGAGCAAGAUAACUUUGAAACUGAAAUUACAUAGACUAGUUUUAAUCCUUUUUAAUUACAAGCAAAAGCCUGUUGCCUUUUUGUGCAGCAACCACCACCAUUUCUGGAAACAGAUAGCUUGUAAAUAGUUCCUGAAUUCCUCCUCUCCCUCGUGGCAUUGCGAAAUGCAAGAGGCUUUGUUUCAUCGCCCUGUGACCUGUAGCUUCCGCUUUUGUACAGAUUUAUUCUCCUCUGCCGUUUGUAUUUUUUUUUCUUUUUAUUUAUUUAUUUUUCCCUCCAGAAACAUCUGUAUGUCAAAAUCUAUGUGUAGUAACUUUCCAAAGUUUCUGUGGCUGAGAAAUUCCUCAGGGUGAAGGCUGAGCAAACACAUAAUACUAUAAAUAAUUUGCUCAGAGUUUAAGUUCUCAACAGACACUUCCAAACUUCAUGUAUGUAACCCUGUCAAGCAAAAUACUUUCUUUUUUCCCCAUAUUAAUAUUGGUGGGAAGAUAAUGGUACGUAGAGGUACUUUCAUAGUAAAGUUUGGUAAGGUGGUUUUACUUUCUACAUAGUACAUUAGUUUGUAAGCAGAAACUCAAGAAAACAGGUGUGGAUUCAAAGCAGUUCUGGGCAGAGACCUUCAGAAUAGUUUAAGUGCCUGUAUCCUGAACACGCUAGUGUCUCUCUAUCAUGAUUGGGAUUAGCCAUAAUUCUAACGUGGCAUAUUGAGUAAUGGGUCUAUGUUGGCAGUCUACUUUUAGGGAAGCAAAUAUCUUGUUUAAUUAAGAUGACAUCUAGUGGGAUCCAAUAAGCAAGGAAGAAGUUGAACUCUGGCUACAUUCAACUUUAACUUUACUCAAGAUUAUCCAGUUAUUCACCUAUUAUUCCAAAGAUAUUUGUCACGAAAGACAAAUAUGACUCAAUGUGACUACGGCUGAGGAAUAUAAAGUAGAAUCAUUGUUUCACGUUAACCAUGUGUGGUAUUGCUUUAAAAAAGUUUAUUUUAAUACUUGGCUUGGUUCUAGAAUAUUUAAAAUGAAAAGGAUGCAAUUAUAAACCAAAGAGUCCAUUUUUAUAUACAUAAAUUUUAUCAAAGAAAUAUUCUUCCUAAGUAGCUUGUUUUUAGAUCUAAUAAAUGAAUAUUAAAUAAUUUUGUACAAACAUCAA